GGUUCCACAGAUGCAGCUUUGAUGUUGGAUCCGUGUACUGGUAUGGAAUUGGUUGACGAAGUGGACACUGCUACCUGGUUAGCAUGUGCCACGGAGUUGAGCCAAUUGAGUCGCAAGAAAACGGAAUCGGAUAUAUAUAAUGUUGUGUUCCGCAGAUGCAGGUUCGAGGCAGUAUCCGUGUUCUGGUACGGAAUUGGUUGA